GAAAAGGGAUUAUCCCAGACCCGAGGCCUGUGAGAACCCCUGAAGACAAGCUGGACAAAACUCGGUAUUGUGCAUACCAUAAGUCUCCAGGACACAAUACCGAUGAGUGUCUCGGUCUUUUGUCGGCACUCUUACGGUUAAUUGGACAACCUCAGCUUCAAAAGUUUCGAAAUUUUGAUAACCGCCGGAAAGGAAGGCCCUUGGAUCUUUCAGACGAUGAAGAUGAUGAUAACCGACCUGUUAACCAGAAAAGAGCUCGCGCAAACGAUAAGAAGGUUUUCACAUUUUCUACUCAUGUCGGAACCUCGACUGAUAACUGCAGGAAGUCUAAGAUACAUGAUGCCUUAGACUCUUCACACUGCAUACCUCGAGUCAACUCCAAUAACAAACAGUUAGAUACGUCUCGACGGAAAGUCAAAGCCUAUGCCCGGGAGGCACAGAAUGCCGAGAAACGAGUCAUGAAUGUUGACCUUCGAGAUACCAUUAACAAACGGAAUUGUCCUAUCACAUUCAGUAUCGAAGAUGCCAAUUUAUUUGCUCAUCAUCAUUCCGACGCUCUUAUUAUAACGGCCCCGAUUGGAGGGAUUCCUGUUCAUCGGAUUUUGGUCGACACAGGAGCUUACUCAAGUAUUGUGAUGCUUCGCACGUUCAAAAAAUUAGGUUUGGACCCGGCGGACAUUAGGCCUUGCAACGACCAAAUUCAAGGUUUCAAUGGAAGCAUUUCUUGUCCUGUCGGCGAAAUACUACUCCCUAUUCGGUUUGGUUGCUUUGGACCAAAAUCCAAGAUCAUUAUGGAGACCUUCAAAGUCUUGGAUGUUCAGAACAAGUAUAAUGCCGUAAUAGGACGAAGUGCACUUUACAAACUUCGUGCUGCUGUGUCAAUUUUUCAUUAUGCUCUGAAGUUCCCCACCAUUGAAGGUGAAGGCACGCAUUACGGAGAUCAACGAGAAGCCCGAAGUCUGAUGUUGCUCUCAACCUCGCGUAACUUUCAUAUGAUUGAAGAACAGGAUGCUGAUAACUUCGUUGAGCCCAAUAGUUCAACUUCUGAUGCUGAAAGAACUGAUCAGUUCAUUUCAGAUACUGACAUGCCGCUUACUGACCGACAUCCCUAUGACCAUGAAGACAUGAAAGGAAUUGACCCGCAGAAAGCAUGCCAUCGCUUGAAUUUGGAUAAAACUGUCAAACCUAUUAUCCAGAAACGCCGGAAAUUCGGCCCAGAUCGCCUGAAGGCCCUUGAAGAGGAAGUAAACAAGCUCAUAGACAAUAAGUUCGUCAAAGAAGCCAAAUACCCGACGUGGAUAUCAAAUCCUUUCUUGGUUAAAAAAGCCACCGGCCUUUGGCAUAUGUGUAUAGAUUUUUCAGAUUUAAAUCAGGCGUGUCCGAAAGAUAGCUACCCCAUUCCACACAUUGAUUACAUGGUGGAUGCUACAUCGGGACAUCAACUUAUGAGUUUCUUGGAUGCCUAUUCCGGCUAUAAUCAAAUUCCCAUGCACCCUGAUGACGCUGAACAUACCUCGUUCUACUCAGCUCGAGGCCUUUAUUGUUAUGUCAUGAUGACUUUUGGAUUGAAGAAUGCAGGGGCCACGUAUCAAAGGUUGGUCAAUAAGAUGUUCGCUCGCUUGAUCGGCCAUACGAUGGAAGUUUAUGUGGACGACAUGUUAGUAAAAUCGGAACAUGCCUCUGAUCACAUCGCCCAUCUUUCCGAGGUCUUCGAUAUACUCCGAGAAUAUUCUAUGGUGCUUAACCCCAAGAAGUGUACUUUCGGAUUUGGAUCAGGGAAGUUCUUAGGAUACAUGGUGAGUCAGAGAGGGAUCGAGGCCAAUCCCGCCAUGAUUCAAGCCAUACUUGACCUGGCUCCCCCGACAUCUAUCAAGGGUGUCCAAGCUUUAACUGGUCGAUUGGCAGCUCUCAAUCGAUUCAUUUCAAAAUCUACAGAUCAUUGCAAGCCGUUCUUUGAUGCUAUCAAAAAGAAGAAACCGUUCGAAUGGACCAUGGAAUGCCAGAAUGCUUUUGACAACAUCAAAGAAGUUCUUUCACAGUUACCGACAUUGCAGAAGCCACUUCUUGAUGAGCCUCUGUAUUUGUACCUUGGUGUAAGUGACGUUGCUGUUAGUGCUGUUCUUAUACGACAAGACGGGCUUCAACAGUUUCCGGUAUAUUAUGUUAGCAAGGCCUUACAUGACGCUGAAUUGCGAUAUCCAUAUAUGGAGAAGUUAGCCUUCGCUCUGAUCAUCGCUGCACGGAAGUUGCGCCCGUAUUUUUUGGAACAUUCGAUUAUCGUGUUUACGACAUACCCUCUCCGACAAGUCCUUCACCGACCUGACACGUCGGGAAGAAUGAUUAAGUGGGCGAUAGAAUUGGGACAGUUUGAUAUUCAGUACCGACCACGAACUACUAUCAAAGCUCAA